GGUAGACUAGACUUGAUCAAUGUAGCUGGCGCAAGCCAUGUCCAUGUGUCAGACCGUACGUCUGUUUGAUCCAUGUAUACUCCCGUCUGUGAACCGUUCAGUCGUCGCAUGCACAAACACGAUAUCUCCCCCAACAUAUGCAUCAGAUCUGUGAGAUCUUCUUGAAGUCGUCUUUGCUGUAUGCCUUGCCCUUCCGACACGGCAUCUGACACUUGCAGCCCACACACACGCCUUCAACGAACAAAGAGACACCAUGCGCUAUGAAAAUUGCUCUAUGUCAAGCCGUUCUCCUCCGUACCACAUCCAUUCGUGGGUCUGGCCCGGUGCACUCGCUCCAAGCGAUGCGCCACUGUAUCAGCAUCUACGGGCUUGCCCGCGGCCCUGGCGAGAACAAAAUCCACACAUCAAAACAAAAGCCGGACACUGUGCAUGCGCUUUGUCCGCACCUUCUUUCGGAUUCGGUUUCAAUGACGGUCGUGUGCUCGUGGAAUGACUCGCCGCACUUGCACCUGUAGGUCGACUGCAGCCCUUCACAGCCACACGGGCGGGUCUGCCCAUUGGCCAGGGUGACCCGCACUUGGCAGGGUGAAGGGAGGCCAUUGACGAAGUGCUGCGUGGCGAGAUGCUUGCACUUGCAAUGGAGAUACCAGCUGCCCUGAUGGGGCAGGUAAGAAAACUGAGGACACCUGUACAGUCAGUCCAAGUGAGAGAGGAAAAGGGCACGACUGACUGUGGAGGUGUUCUUUUUCUUACUUGCACCCCGGGCAUCUACAUGGGGCCUGCUUGUGCAGCAGGUCAUACCACUCGUGGGCUUUCCACGAGUGCCCGCACAGACACAGGCAGUCGUUCUUGAUGCGGACACACUCUCGUCCGCGAGAGUUGACCCAGUGCACAAACAACCUGCAGACAACAAAAGAACCGCCGCUGUGCCAUACGCCCUCCUCACAGUCUCCGCCUCUCCGCCCCUCUGCCUCUCACCUAUUGCCCCAAGUCGCCUUGUACUUGCCCAGCAAAUCCUUGAUCUGCUCGUACGGCAACUCCCCCCCGCCAUCGCUCUCGCCGACCAGCUUCUGAUACACCAUCAGACUGACCUUGCCCUUCCCUCUAUUGGGCAUGCCGCCGGUCCCGCUCCGACUCCGAGUCGUCAUUGCAGACGACGCAGACCGACCCGCGUCACUUGCGCAUGGCCCCUCGCUCGUCGCCGCAUCGUCUGCACUCAGCCGCUGGCCCCCUCUCAUGCCAUCAACAGUGCUGGCCACGGCUGCGGAUGGUUGCCGGGUGACAUUCAAUGCGCGUGGUCUGGGGAUGCGGCUUUCGAAUUCGCCGAAGGAUGCUGUGGCCUUCAUUGCACGCGAGUGACAUGAUGGACGGGGGAUGGAACUCACGGCAGAUGCAGCAGCUUCGGGAGAAGUCAUUUGCAAGGCAGGAACAAAC